AGCGAAAUCAGAAUCGUUGGAGAAGAAGAAGGAAGUAGAAGAAAAUGACGGUGAAGAAGAUCGACGCGAAUCCAUCAACCUUAGAAUCAGUGUUACAAGAACUGAAAUCGGACGAAACCAAUCGCAGCAAGAUCAAUUUCAUACUCUUCCUCGCCGACGAUGAACCCACCACCGGUCGCAGCUGGUGUCCAGACUGUGUUAGAGCUGAACCUGUGAUUUUCAAGACUCUAGAGGAGUUUCCAGAGGAGGUGAAUCUGAUCCGUGCUUACGCCGGAGAUAGACCGACGUGGAGGACUCCGGCGCAUCCGUGGAGAGUUGAUCCACGGUUUAAGCUCACCGGAGUACCAACUCUUGUUCGUUGGGAUGGUGAAUCUGUUAAGGGACGUCUUGAGGAUCAUCAAGCUCACGUUCCUAACUUGAUCCUGCCCCUUCUUGCGCCAACCACUUGAUUUGAUCAAUUUCUCGGUAAGAGUUAGUUCUCUUGUUUUUCAAUAAAUCCUUUACAAUGUGAAGGAGGGAGUGAUGCGACUGAGUCUUUGUUUUCCUGUUCAAUGCACUGUUGCUUCUUGACUCGAACUACAAACAUUACAGUUGAAAUAACAUUGAGCAAAGGCGCAUGAUUGCCAAA